AUGGGCCAGAAGUUGACCAGCUUUGAAUGCUCUUUUUCACUUGUGCGGAACGGAUUACUCUUGCUAUUACUCUUCCGUCUGACAGUUCGACGCGAAUCGAAUUUUCCUACUGCAUGCAACGUUUCUCUGAAAAUUAGGUGGACGCACGAGAACGAUGACGAGGUUGGUCCUGCACUAGCUGCAAGCACUCCAGAACUUCGAUUGGAGCACACAAGGCUUUGUAAUGAAGCGAUCAGAAAAGACCUCAGGAAGAAGGCAGCAAUGCUGAUGCUGAAGUUGCAAAAGCUAAAAAGAGUGUUCGCUACGCCAAGGGGGAUGGUUGCUCGUGUUCUCAUGAAUGAGGGAAUAAAGUGGAGUCACAGUCAAAGCAUGUUGGCGUCUCUUCGGACAUAUCAACUGGAUACGUGCUCUUCACUGAUUUGGUUCACAGCUGUACUGUCGCUGCUCGUGGAUCUCUUCAUCAUUACACUGCUUUUAUUCGAAUUGGAACAACUUAAAAUCCCUAUCAGAGGAGUUUCGCAUACAUCACUGGAAGGUGCCACUUCGCUGGCGCUGAGUAUUUUUCACUUCAUCUCCAUUUGGUUGUGUUUUAAUAGCGAGAAAUUCACCAAAAGUGGAUGGUUUUACGUUGCAGCGUUCUUCUGUUUCGUCAAUUUUGUUAUCCACGCUGGCAACUUUGUAGUUUAUCUUAGGGCUUGGAUGGCAGAAAAAAGAGCUGCAAGAUCAACUCCAAAUGGUGCGCACGAGUUCCCGUCCUGCGGUUCUCCCUGA